AUGACACCGAGCAAGGCGUGGUCCGCCCCCCGGUGGACGACCGUGGUUGUAGUUCUGUUGGCAACUCUGUGUUGUCUGUUUGUUCCCGCAUUGGGCGUGAAGCACGAGAAUUUCAAGAAAUGCGACCAAUCCGGAUUUUGUAAACGCAAUCGUCAGUUCGCCGACAAGGCUGCAGCAACUACUUCGUGGACGUCCCCUUACGCACUCGAUCCUACGUCUCUUUCCUUCAGCGAUGGCAUUCUCUCGGCCGUGGUUCUCAAAACCGUCAAGGAUGGCCAAGAGAAGGUCCGGCUACCGCUCAAGGUGACCUUCCUCGAGUCGGGUGUGGCUCGUGUAACUCUGGACGAGGAGAAGAGGCAGAAGGGCGAUAUCGUGCUCAGACACGACAGCAAAGCACGGAAGGAGAGGUACAAUGAAGCUGGCGCCUGGGCGCUUGUCGGUGGAUUGGAGACCUCCAAGGGAGCCGCGCUAAGUGACAAGGUCGAGGAGGGUUUCACCAAGGUCUUCUACGGCAAAGGAGGCAAACACCAGGCCAUCAUUCGGCAUGCGCCCUUUGAAAUCGACUUCCAGAGAGAUGGCGAGACACAUGUCAAGUUCAAUCAGAGGGGCUUGCUGAACAUCGAGCACUGGAGACAAAAGGUGGAAAAGCCGCAGGAGGAGAAAAAGGAAGGAGAGGAAGCGAAGGAAGAGGAGAAAAAGGAAGAGGCCCAAGGCGAGGACGAGAGUACCUGGUGGGAGGAGUCCUUCGGUGGAAACACUGACAGCAAACCCAGAGGGCCUGAAGCUGUUGCAUUGGAUAUCACGUUCCCUGGCUACGAACAUGUAUUUGGCAUUCCGGAACACGCCACUCGGCUCUCAUUGAAGACGACCAGGGGCGGCGAUGGAAACUACAAGGAACCGUACAGGCUGUACAAUGCCGACGUUUUCGAGUACGAACUUGACAGCCCCAUGACAUUGUACGGUGCCAUUCCUUUCAUGCAGGCUCACCGCAAGGGCUCCACCGUCGGUGUUUUCUGGUUGAACGCUGCCGAGACCUGGAUCGACGUCGUGAAGCCCAAGUCGAUUCCCAACCCCCUCAGCCUUGGCGUUCUGCGUCACACUGAUACUCAGACUCACUGGAUCUCUGAGAGCGGACUGCUGGAUGUUUUUGUGUUCCUAGGCCCUACGCCUCAGGAUCUCACCCGACAAUAUGGCGAACUUACCGGCUUCACUGCGAUGCCUCAGUCCUUCGCCAUUGCCUAUCACCAAUGCCGCUGGAACUAUGUCACCGACGAGGACGUCAAGGAUGUCGAUCGCCGCUUCGACAAGUUCAAGAUCCCGUACGAUGUCAUCUGGCUCGAUAUUGAAUACACGCAGGAGAAGAAGUACUUCACAUGGGAUCCGCUGACAUUUGUCAACCCCACAAAGAUGCACAAGCAGUUGGAUAAGUCCGAGAGAAAAUUGGUUGCCAUCAUUGAUCCUCAUAUCAAGAACACGGACAACUAUCCGGUCAUUGACGAGCUGAAGAAGAAGGAUCUGGCGGUGAAGAACAAGGAGGGCAACCUGUACGAGGGUUGGUGCUGGCCCGGUUCCUCCAUGUGGAUCGACUGCUUCAAUCCCGCUGCCAUCAACUGGUGGAAGGGUCUGUUCAAGUAUGACAGCUUCAAAGGAACUGCCCCCAACACGUUCAUUUGGAACGAUAUGAACGAGCCGUCUGUUUUCAACGGCCCGGAGACGACUAUGCCCAAGGACAAUCUCCACUUUGGCAACUGGGAGCAUCGUGAUGUACAUAACCUCUACGGAUUGACGUUCCACAAUGCCACCUAUCAAGCACUUCUUGAGCGCAAGAAGGGCACGAUCCGCCGCCCAUUCGCCCUCACUCGUGCGUUCUACGCUGGCAGCCAGCGCAUCGGUGCUAUGUGGACUGGCGACAACCUUGCCGAGUGGUCCCAUCUUGAGGCUUCCAUCCCCAUGAUUCUCAAUCAGGGUAUCUCGGGUUUCCCGUUCGCAGGCGCUGAUGUUGGUGGCUUCUUCGGCAACCCGAGCAAGGAGCUUCUCACUCGCUGGUACCAGGCUGGCAUUUACUAUCCCUUCUUCCGUGGCCAUGCACAUAUCGAUACUCGCCGCCGCGAACCUUACCUUGCCGGCGCGCCAUAUACCGAGAUCAUUACUCAGGCACUGAGACUCCGAUACCAGCUCCUCCCAGCUUGGUACACUGCUUUCCAUGAAGCUGCCACGACCGGUGCACCCAUUGUCCGACCCAACUUCUAUGUCCACCCAGACGACGAAAAGGGUUUCGCUGUCGAUGAUCAACUGUAUAUCGGUUCUUACGGGCUCCUGGCUAAACCAGUCACCAAAGAGGGUCAAAGCAGCGUGGACGUCUACCUUGCGGACGAUCAGCCUUAUUAUGAUUACUUUGACUAUACCGUCUACCAAGGCCAUGGCCACCACAAUAUCCCUGCUCCUCUGGAAAAGAUCCCACUCCUCAUGCAGGGCGGCCACAUCAUCCCUCGCCGCGACCGUCCCCGUCGCAGCUCCGGCCUCAUGAAGUACGACCCCUUCACCCUGGUCGUCGUCCUGGACAAGGACGGCAACGCCCAAGGAACCCUCUACCUCGACGACGGCGAGACGUUCGAAUACGAACAGGGCGCCUACAUCCACCGCCGCUUCUCCUUUGAUGGCAAGCGCAAUAGUCUUAGUUCCUCGAACCUGGUCGACCGCGUAACUGUCAAGGGGGAGAAUUACCUCAAGACCAUGGCCAAGGUGCGUGUCGAGAAGGUGAUUAUCGUCGGUGCGCCGAAGAGCUGGAGGAAUAAGAAGGAGGUUGUUGUCAUGGAGGAGGGGAAGAAGGAGAGUGCGAGGAAGAAGACGGUGGAGAUGGAGUGGUUUGAGGGGGGCAAGGGGAGGGCGGAUUGGGCGGUUGUGAGGGAUCCGAAGGUGGGCGUUGGGCGGGGGUGGAGGAUUGAUUUUGAUUGAUUGGUUGUUUGUUUGUUGAGCGGAAGCAAGUGGCAUCGAAAAAGGGAUUCGAUUUGUGUCAUGCAGUCAGCAGCGGCCUAGAGUCGUCGAUUUGGCGUUUGAAGAGGAGUACCAUAGUUUGGCAUCGUGCAUGUGGCAAUUUAGCGCUGUUUCUCGUUACAAUCCGCAUCUUUGGCUGUGCCAUUUCUUCGCUGGUAGAAUGUGAG